AUGUAUGACGGAUCACCUGUAUAUCAGAAGUUCCGUAAGUUCACGCAGGACAUCACCGCGUACAUCGAUGGUUAUCAAAUACCUGAGGAGCGUCAGGCCGUCAUAGUGUCGCAGUUUUUGUCGCGGCGCGCGGAGUCUUGCUAUCAGGCUACUUGUUCGGAGGCGCCAUGGGAAUGGUCCCUGGGAGAAGUACUCGAGGAAAUCUUCAAUUACUGCUUUCCUGUGGAUUUCCGUCAACGUAUGCGUGAAAAGUUGGAAUUGGCAGAGCAAGGGGGACGUACUGUGCGCGAAUUCGUGCAUGAGCUUCAAGAGCUUUUCCUCCUCCUCGGCCGUAUGUCCGAGGAGACGAAAGUCGAGAAGCUAUGGUACGGAUUGAGACCAGCCUUACAAGCUGAUCUCUUCCGCGCCAGGCUCACUCCUGCGUCGGCUUCCUGGGCCUCUGUCCAGACCGAGGCGGAGAUCGCUGAACUAGCCCAAGCCGCCAUGGCUUCCGCCGAGCGGCGCCAGCACUCGCAACGCGCCAGUAGGGCGUUUGGCCAGUCCAGUCGCUCGCCCCGACAUGACGGGGGUGAUUAUCCCGCGUCUCGAUCACGGGACCGCCCUCGCGACCGACGGCCUGAGCGCGAGCCUCCUACUAGGCCGACCGUGUCCACGGCCCCCAACUCUGGACGAGAGUCCAAGGGAGGGCGGACGUCCGGCAGUAAGCUGGGACUCCGUACGGCCGAUAAACAUAGAAACCCACUUACGGACAAAGAGCGCGACGAUCUUCGCGCGGCCGGGAAGUGCUAUAACUGCCGCGAGGUUGGCCAUCUAUCGCGCAAUUGCCCGCGCUCGAACCAGGUCUCUAACAGCACCCGGGGGAAGCCUCCGGGUGUGACCGCCUAUAGUAUGAACAUCGCAUCAGCGGACCCGACGGACGAGCUGCUCAUCGCUUCUCUUAAAUACCCGGGCUCCCUGCCGAGUCUGCAAACGAUCCGUGUCACUAGUGAAUUAUCGGACGUCGGGGACGAGCAGCAGGUUGACGUACUGCGGUAUCCUCUCGAUCCCCAGUCCGCAUCUUCCGAGUCAUUUACCGAUUUCUUGAUGCGGGUGUGUUCCUCUUCCGAGUACAGCGAAGGGGAUCUGGAGGUUGUGCCUACGCGAGCCGAUCGCCUUCUCCCUCUGACGUCCCAGGAGGGACGGGCAUAUGUCCCUCUGGGGGAUGUAUUGGCCGAUCGCGCCGAGUCGCUACUUAAUAGAUACUUGCCUUACUUCCCGGACGAGACGUCCGGCGAUUCCGCAAUCCUUGUGGGACCACGGGACGACGACCACGUAUCCGUGUUGUAUAGCGAGUUCCGUGGUAUCACAGACAACGGGUGUCUCCUGCCUACCGAGGACGGCACGGUGCCUCUCAGUCGUGCCUGUCUGGAGGAUGAGACUUUCGAUGUCGUAGCCUGGUUCCGCGCCCUUCUGGGUGGCCUGCUUCGGCGGGACACCGACGAGAACAAUGAGCUCGUGGACAACGGGUCCGAGCUCAUUGGGGAUGCCUUCGGCAUUCAUGCUGCCGCUGUGCUGAACCGCGAGAUACCCUGGCCCGGCUCCUCGCACUUGUCGGAAGACGUAGAGGGCGUGGCUCGGUUUACGGCGUUCCGUUAUGGUGACGUCGUUCUGCUGGAGGACGCGUACCUGUCUAUGGACUGCCAGAUUAGUCUGAGCUUCCUCCGUAAUGCACUGUUCGACUUGCCCGGAUGGUACUCCGCCCUGGCACGGCGGUACUGUGCACCGGAGGGCGUAAGCGACUCCCUGGCACUAGGGCUGGCUCUUUUGGACCCUGGCGCUGGGGCAUGCGAUGCUGAGCCGCUGGAGGGCGUGUCCUGCUGUGUCGCGGAUCUUACCGUUCGGCCGUUGCAGCGCAACGCCGCUGAAACCAAGGACUUCCGGCGUGUUGUCCCGGAUCCUAUAGUGGUGACCGUCCACGUGAACGGACAGCCUGCCCGCGCUCUCCUCGAUUCCGGCUCCUUGGCAGACUUCAUGUCUGCGAAGUUUGCUCAUCAAUUGAACGUCAAAGGACACGAGCUGGAAAAGCCCCUACCCGUUCAGCUGGCUGUACAGGGCUCUCGCGCGAAGGUCAAUUACGGCUGUAAAGCGGACAUCGUCUAUCAGACCAUCCGUGAGCGACGAUACUUCGAUAUCAUGAACAUCUUGAACUACGACCUUAUUCUCGGGACUCCGUUCCUUGCCCAGCAUCAAAUGGGUUUGGGAUUUAACCCCUCGAAGGUCGUGGUAGGCAGUGCGGUCACCGCUCCAGUUCCCAUCGCCCGCGCUCGCAUAAUUGAGUCACGCGCAGCCGAUGUCCUAGAGGGCGAGCUCGACAGGAUUCGCGCUGCGCUACGAGCAUACGCCGCGCCCAUAUGCCGCGACGCGAGUGACGCACCUUUUCCGCCGCUUCGCGCCGUAAACCAUACCAUCCCAUUGAAGGACCCGGCUAAAGUUUAUCACUGGAGGCCGUCCAAAUGCGCGGAUGCGUUACUACCUCACUGGGUUGAGAAACGUGACGCGUACCUAACCACCGGUCGCUGGCGUAUGUCCACUUCGCGGAACACGUCCCCUAUGCUUCUCUUAAAAAAGCCGGGG